AUGUACCAUGCUUAUUUCUCUGAUGGAUUGAAUGCACUUAAUCGACAAUUGUCUAUCCAGGCGGAGACGGUGAGCCCUCUGGAAAGUUUGGGUCGGCAAUACAUGAAUAUUCGACAUCGCUGCCCUGUCCUUACCCUGGAAAUGCUUGGUGAGGUUCCGAAUCAUGGUCAGAGUAACGUCCUCUUCCGAACCUGGCUGUCCGGAUUUCAGCUCUUUAACCCACUUAUGGAUAUGUCGAAUGUCUUGGACAAAUACCAAGAAUUCUGGCAUUGGUACGAACACAGAGGCAGCGAAGACAAGGUAGUUCCAGACUCAGGAUAUGUGCCUCUUAUUUUCGCAAUAUGGUUCGCUGGAUGCAUGUGCAUGUCGAAAGAAGGAUUCAACCUCUGGUUUCCCCAAGCUGAACGUCACCUACUGUCUGCACACUUUCAGGACAAGGUUAUGAAGUUUCUAAAUCUCUUGUCAUUCCCGCAGGCUUCCUCAUUACACAAGCUGUCAGCGUUUCUGACCGUAUUGGCAAGUCGUGAGUCCAGUCAGGACACUUUGAGCACAGGAGUUGAACUAGGCCUGGCUCUCCGAGUAGCUCAGUCUAUGGGCUUACACCGAGAUCCAAAGCGUUUUAGCCUUGCAUCUUGGGAAAUCAAUACGAGAAGGCAAAUAUGGUGGCAUAUCUUGCAGGCUGAUAGCGCGCUGGCCUUGGCCACAGGGCUCCCAGUGCUUGUGGAUGAUAGGGAUUUCUGGGACACGAAGAGUGCUUCACAAGUAGAAGAGUUGCAACGUGAGGAUUCUUCUAGUUGCUCGCACCGAAGGCUGAUUGCGAGACAAAGAAACUCGGCAGAAAAAACCAAGAGGAACCUGCGGCUCCGAGAGCUCACCCUCCCUAGCACAAACUCAAGAUCUUUCGUCCCUCAGCAAGCGUAUCCUCUCGAGUUGACUGCAGCUCGAGAUUUGGUCAGGAUACGUCGCGGCACGCAUCCUGUGGGCCAGAUGGAUAUUGAGCGCGCAAGAUACAUCCUUACAACUCUCGAGCAUGACAUGAAGACGAUAAUCAAAAGGUUGAUCUUAUCAGAAACGACACUGACGCAGCAAACGUCUCCAGAGUGUGUUCUGAACCACUGUUGCUCAGCAGACACAAGUUCAAAAAUGCUGUGGGAGCCGACGCACUUCGAUCUAGAGCUGGAACCCAGCACUAAGGAAGCCCCAAUCUCCCGCGGACUGAUCGAUGAACUCUUUGGACUCUCGGGGUUUCUCGCUGAUCUAGGAGCGAAUGGGAAUAACGAAGAAUGGACCAUGAUAUUGAGGCUACGUUCAACUGUUUGGCAGAGGGUGGGUCUCAAUCCAAGCGUGUUCUGGACCGAAGAGCAGCACCACGAAGCCGACGCCACAAGAACCUCAAACCCGACUGCACAGCCGGACUUAGCAAGUCAGAUUCCUCAGAUGCACCCUGGCGGAACAGGAGGAGAUCAAUAUGACAGGGAAACUACACUUUCAAAACUCCAGGCCCCCGCAAGAACGUUGCAUAAUACGCUCCCGGCUGAAAAAAGACAGGCCGCAGAAAUCGGAAGCUCGAAACGGUCCAUUUCGAGCUCUGACGAGCUAGAUAAUCUCAACUCAAUCCUGUGUGUAGCUUCGAAUACUGAAUUGGGGACACAAGAUGACCCACAGAGAAAACCCGACACACAGUCACGCAAUGCACCCUGUGAGACGGUCGCGAUGGAAGUGAUCACGGACGCUUUCCAGCAUGAAGUUUCUGCUCAAACCGCUGUCGAUCCUAAGCCUCUUCACCGGGUCAAGGCUCCAUUCGACUGGAGGGCUUGGGAUAAUGUCUUCGGACAACAUCUCAGCAUCAAUUUUGACGUUAGUUCUGUGGCAUGGGCAGAUAUCGACUCUUUGAGGCUAGAAAGCUCCAGAUAG